AUGGUUGGCGCUUUGGGCUUUGGUGAUCCUUCGCCAUCUGUGCAGACUAGUUGCCAAGACUGCGCUUUAUCGCGAGAGAGUGAAAGGCAUCUGCCGCGGCCGUGGCACCACUAUGAGCAGCUGCUUAAGGCAGCAAUAGAGCUGUCCGAGGCGUGCGGCCUACCUCGGCAACGCAGGCUGUUUCGCGAUUUCUUGAAUCAUAAUAUUGACGUCCUGGAUCAGCUGUACGAGCAGCACUGCGCUGCCGCGGACGCGGCUCCUCGACGCCAUCCGAAACGAAGGAGUUCCGUACUUUCUCAUCGAGCUGCCCGUGUAGGCUGCGAUGAUGAGGAUCCCCAGGGCAGCUUGGGUGGGCCUAGCUGUCACGAUCACGGUUUGGCAGGAAGCGAUGCCCACGUCGUCGCUUGUACAGAGGCGGAAAGCGGACAUCUUGCAACUUCCGGGGAGAAGCUGGAAGACAAGGACCACGCUACUGGUUUUUCAUCGGGAGAGCGUAGUGCCGAGAAACCGACAGACAGCGUAUCGAGGCGGCUUUCACAACUGGCAACGGUGGCGAGGAGUGCUCGGCGUGCAACCCGCUGCACGCAUACGGCAGUCGAGGUGUAUCGACACCUGAGAGCAAGUUCUGUUGCGGAGGGCGCUGGCGUCUUUGACCCUUCGGCGACCUAUUUCGCCGGUCGCGUAUCUUCGGACCUGAUAAGGUCCACAGCGACAGAGAGGAAGAGCAUGAUGGUCUCGGAAUUCUGCGAGCAGCUGCCUCUCCAGGUUAUGCUCGAGAAGCUGUCGUGGGCGUGGAGUUGCGUGGUCCUUCACGCGCCCCGCCAGGAUGUCGUCUACGCGCUGUUUGGCGAUAUGUUGUUUUCCGCUCACCAGCAGCAUCAGCGCCAGCCGCUUCGCGUGCCCCUGCACCUUUGCAGAAACCUCGGCGCCUCCCCAAUCCUCUCUACUGAGGAGGACGUAAUUAUCCGUAUUGCUGCCUUUCUCGCGCUGCCGGUCAACCCGGAGGAUGCGCCUCGCUCCUCUGCAUCUGGCUCAGGCUACGCCUCGGCCUUUCGCGGAGCCUGCGCACAUCAUGUCGAGAGCGCGGAUGGCAGCAGGUCGCGCUCCCCUAGACCUCGUGAGCCGUUCGCGCGCCGCGGCGAUGAGAGGUUGCAUGUGGGCGCUCAGGCCUGGCGGGGCGUCACAGAAAUCGGGAUUAGCUGGUACCUUCUCGCCAUGGUGUAUGAGCGCGACUCCCGCACGACCGCGGAGACGCCCGAGGAGCGGGCGUUCCUGCGGCGCUGCGCCGCGGUGUGCUACUUGCGUUGCUUGCUCGCCUGGCCGUUCAUGCUUCACAGUUGGGCGCGGCUCGUUCCCCUCGUGAUGUCAGAGCCCUCCAGCCUGUACUGUCUGUCGCUGCUUCUCUACCAUCGAGACGAGCAGCGCGCCUGCCGCGCGGGAGAGUCCGCGCGUGGAGCCGGCGCGCGUCCUGCCUCGGCGUCGGCGUGGUGCAUGCUCGCGUCUGCUCGGGACGUGUUGGGGUUCCUCUUCUCCGCCGCGAAGCUCCGUGAGAGUGCCUUUUUUUCCCUUGUCGCCCCGCAUGUGUCAGCUGUGCAUCCGCCGGCUGAGGCUGGUCGGGCACCGCCGGAUGCAGCGAGCGACGGAGUCUCUCUCUUUGCCUCCGUGUUGCACCGCGUCGCUGCUGUACAGCUCUGCAUGGCUAGAGGGGAGGCGCGAGAUGCCUUGGCUUUGCUGGAAACCUGGACUUUGCUCCCCGAAGGAAGCAGUUUCAUGGAGGAGAUCAUCGGCUGCUGCUUCCUCCAGGCCGGCCAGCCGGAGCGCGGCGUGGACUUCCUGCUGCGCAGCGUCCAGCAGCAUCAACUUCUUGAGCAAGAAGACGAGUGUCUUCGGCGGCAGGAGGGAGGGGAGACCCUCGAGAGCCCGGAGGACGCUGAGAAAGACGCCGCGGAAGCUUGCCCUCCUGCCCUGGAGCCGCCGGAAGAAGCUGGGUGCCGCUGCAGCAGUGCGCUGUGGCAGGUGGGCCGGCGUCGCGCCGCCACCGCUCUCGUAGACUGGCUCCUGCAGCGCCCGGGCGCGCAGACCUCGCCGCAGUUGUGGGGUGCGGUUGGAAACCUGUUGUCGCUUCACCGCAAGUCCGACGAGGCGCUCAAAGCCCUUUUUCGCGCCGUGGAGCUAGCCGAUGACUAUCCGUACGCGUAUACGCUCUGCGCUCACGAGUUGCUGCAACGGAACCAGAGAGAAGAGGCGCAGGCACUGAUUGAACACGGCAUUCAGUCGAGAGGUCUUCUCAAGUCGCUUCCCCUGCACGCACUGUCGCUCCUCCUUGAACUGCAGCGCCAGGCAAAGAGCGCCUCGGAGAGAGGGAAAUGCUUUUCUGGCGAUGUAAAGGGCGACCAGGAUCUGGAACGGCAAAGAACGCUGCCAGGCUGCCUCGAAGAUCCGGCGUCAUUGAAAGACCUGGAGAGGCUUCAGCAUCCUCAAACGCUGAAGAAAAUAGCUGAGCAACUCCUACGCGUCGGGCAGGCGAGACGCGCCUACAACCUGCUUCUUCGGGCUGCACGCAUGAUGCCAGGCGACGGCGAGAUCUUCUACAGGCUUGGGUGUAUAAAGAUCUCUUUUCACCAGUACGGGGAAGCUCUGCAAUUCCUUCAGCGCGCUGCUCGACUCGCUCCCCUCGACCCCGACGUGCAGGUGGCUCUCUCCCGCGUGUAUUCGAAGCUUCUUCAGCCACGCCAGGCAUUCAGACACCUCCAGGCGGCUUUGCGACUGACAACUGAUGCAGAAGAGCAGAAUCGCAUCUCGGACCAGGUCACGGACCUCUGGAGUUGCACAGGAGUGGAUGAUGAAUUUCUAACCGGCGUGGACGAGGAGGUCCGCCCCCGCAAAUACCGGCGCCAAGACAGGGACGACCCCAUAGAUGAGAUCUACAUGGAUAGCCCUCAACCAGCGGACAUAGAGAGCAAUCUAGAUGAUGACGAAUGCGACCCGAUGGCACUACCGGAGUCCGCCAUUCCUGAAGCCUCGCACUAUCCGUACCCGCUGCUGAAUUACCGGUUAACACGCAUGCAGGAAGGAAAUGCAGUUUCUGCUGCAUCGUUGCGAGAGUCCUCCGAAAGCAACGCUGCAGAAACCUCGCGAAGAGAAUGGGCCAAUGUGUGGUAG